ACGUAGCCCACGGGCUGCUUUUGUGCGCGUUCACGUCCCAGAUUUGAUUUGGAGAUGUCGGUGCCGUCUCCGCGCGCUUGGCGGCGGAAAGAAAAGUAUUUCGUGUCCUGAAAGGGAACCAACUAAAAGGACAAAAUGUUUAGAUGAGCGGCCAUCCAUAAUCACGCUCAAACAAUCAGCCGACCCUGACUGGACUCUCUUCUUCUAGAAACAAGCUGCUGCCUGCAGCCGCUGUGGGAGCCGGAGUCGCCAUGGAGACAGUGGUGAUUGUGGCCAUUGGGGUGUUGGCCACCAUUUUUCUGGCCUCCUUCGUCGCCCUGGUGGUGGUGUGCAGACACCGCUACUGUCACCCUCACGACCUGCUGCACCAUUUUGAAUCCAAACCCACAGUGGAUCUGAUUGGAGCCAUGGAGACCCAGAGUGAGCCGUCUGAGCUGGAGCUGGAUGAUGUGGUCAUCACAAACCCUCACAUUGAGGCUAUCUUGGAGAAUGAGGACUGGAUAGAGGAUGCCUCUGGAUUGGUCUCUCACUGCAUCUCAAUCCUAAAGAUCUGCCACACUUUGACUGAGAAGUUGGUUGCAAUGACAAUGGGUUCAGGGGCAAAGGUCAAAGCACCAGCCAGCCUGAGUGACAUCAUCACUGUGGCCAAACGCAUCAGCCCGAGGGUGGAUGACGUGGUCAGAUCCAUGUACCCUCCUCUGGAUCCAAUCCUCCUGGACGCCAGGGCCACUGCUCUCCUCCUUUCAGUCAGCCACCUGGUGCUGGUCACCCGCAACGCCUGUCACAUGUCUGGAAGCAUGGACUGGAUUGACCAGUCGCUCAAUGCAGCCGAAGAUCACAUGGUGGUUUUACGUGAGGCGGCGCUGGCCUCCGAACCGGAUCGAUGCAUACUGGGAGCCGACGUACAGAGAGAACAGGCCAUCUAGAGCAGAUACUGACACAAACAUAAAGGGCAUGAAAAUGCUGUCAUUUUAACGUUGGGCUUCUGCACUCAAAUGGUACUUUACAGGCACAUAUUCUUCCAGACAGUGUUGAAAAGGCACACUUCACAAACUCAUCAUCCAGUCCAAAUUAAUAAGGAUACUUCUGAAGGCUGUGCUGAUAGGUGCAAGAACCUGACUCCUUUAUUUUCAGAUCUCACAUAAAAAAAGACCUUGGGAUGUUUAUCUCCAUCAAAAAGUGCUUUAGAUUACUUUGUAUUUACUACAGCUACAUAUUAAAAGUAGAUGUCACACAUUCAGAUACAGGUGGGGUAGAUAAUUUUUUAUUUAUUCAGUUUAAGCUGUUGCUGCCUGCAAGGGACAGGCCUUUGGAAAUUUGUUUCUCGAGUGCGCCAUCACCCAGCGGUGGGCCUAAAUCCAAUCUCACCAGCACUGCACAGUCACAUGGAGGCUUAGUCAGCUAAUCCAUUCUGAGGAAAAUAACACCCAGUUAGCCAGUGAACCCAAAGGGGCUCCAACUCAGUGGACCAAUGGAAGAGCAACCUGACUUAUUUACAAUUUGUAUGGUCAGCGUGACUUGUGGAUGUUCUAAAACAUCCCUCAGAUGCUCUUACGGUGAUGGAAAUCACCGGUCUGUGAGUUGCAACCAAAACAACAGCAGUAGUUUUAGCCACAUCAGCAGCAGAGUAAGAGUUUUUCCAGUUAAGUAAUGCCCUUUUGUCCAAUUGAUGCAAUGUAUUAGAGUUAAUGGUUAUCAAUGGAGAACCUCCACUUUGGUCUACACUAAAAUAUCUCAUCUACUUGAUGGAUUAGCACUAAAUUUGUACAGUCGUUCAUGGUUCCCAGAGGAUGAACCUUAAAAACUGGUGAUCCCCUGACCUUUCUGCCAGCACCGACAACAGCUCCACAUAUGUGGUUUUGAGUGUCUCAUAGUGUCAAAAUGCUGUGAAAUUUGGCACAGAUAUUUAUGUACCUCACAGUAUGAAUCAAAAUAACUUUGAUUUUCAUAUAUCACCAGUCAUUUUUAUCAAAUACCUACAAAAGUAAUUACAUUUCCAUUAUUUCCAUCAGUCUGUACUUUGUGUUUCUUACUAAUUAGCAGGUGUUAGCAUUAGAGCUGCACCGAUUAGUUGAUUAAUCUGUUAUAAGGUUGAAGUGGAUACUUGGAUUAAACAAAUAUGCAGUACAGAUAAUGAAUUUCAUACUAGUAACAUCCGAGUAUAAUAUGUCAAUAUCUGUACUCGUGAUGAAGGAAAAAUCUUAUUCCUUACUCCUGAGAUCAAAAAAAUAUCUGAAACUUAAUUCUGAUUCUGUUCUAUAAAUAGUUUUCAAAUAAAUAAGCAAUUUUUGAGCAGCCCACAUCAAUUUCAGUCUUAAAAUCCCAGUUUUAAGAUUAAGUUCCACCCACUCUCGGUUUAAGCCCAACCCACUGUCUAUUUAAACUCAUUCGUAGUACGGUUACAGAUACAGAUAAUUUGGUUGGUUGAGCUAAUGCAGAUAAUGGUGUACUUGCUCAUUCCUCAUUGAUUUGUUGAUCAAAAGAAAAUGAAUGGCCAACUAUUUUAAUAAUCUAUUAAUCAGGCAUUUUUCAAGCAAAAAUGUCAAACAUUUACUGGUUCCAGCCUCUUAAAUAAAACAUUAUAGCUGCUUAACGUCAGCAAGUUAGCAUUGUCAUCGUGAGCAUGCUAGCAUGCUGAUGUUAGCAUUUUGCUCAAAGCAACGCUUUGCCUAAGUAGCCGACAGCAGCUAGCGUGACUGUCUUUUUUCCUGCAUUAUUUAUGAAAGUUGGUGCUGGACAGUGAGUCAAGAGAUAUUUUCUCUUAAAUGCUGACAGAAAAAAGUCUUUUUUUUUUAAAGCUAAUUUGCUAUCAAAUUCAACCAUAUCUUUUUUUCUUUUACAUUUGUCAAAGAAUAAGGAUAUUAUACAAAAAUCAGAGUAGACCAAAUCAUUUUCAGUACAUCACCAUCAGCUGUUACCUGUUAUAUAAAUAUUGAAUUUUCACACACUAUAGAGAGAUACAGUAUGACUUUAUGAAUUGUCAUGUUGCGAGGCUGUUUUGAACAGUGUGCUGAUUGAGGUGGUGCAGAACUAGCGUGUUGUUUUGGGUCAGAGGGAUGUUAUUGGAGCAUGUCUACCUGCUCUCCCAUGCAUAACUAAUAGUGAGUCCCCAAAGAGUCCUAAUAAGGCAUUACCCACAGCUACAAUGAACACAUGGGCUUAAGCUGCAAUACACAUGGCACAAAGCUUUGUACACACAGGGCUGGCAGACAAAUUAACACAUCAGUACAUUGUAUAUCACACACGACUGAAAAAGUGCAUUAUAUGGAGUCGUUUUUGGUGACAAUCAUGAA